CGCGGCCGGAAGUGGGCGGCGCGGCCGCUCCGGGCGCGGCUCGGUGGCCCUGGAGGACCCGGCCGGUGCCCCGGGAGGACCGGCGGACAUGGCGGCGGGGCGGGACGCGAGCGGGGCGCUGCUCACCUGGCUCCGCAGCUUUGACCCCCCCGGGCCGUGCGCGGCCCCCCCGGACCUGGCCAGCGGGGAGAGCCUGGGGCACGCGCUGCACCGCAUAGACCCCUCGUGGUUCGACGAGUCGUGGCUGGGCCGGAUCCGGGGGGACCCCGAGGGCGGCGCCCCCGCCAAGGCGGAGCCCCUGCGCCAGCUGCUGCACAGCGUGCUGGAGUACUGGCAGCACGUGCUGGGCCGGGCGCUGGCGGAGCGGCACGUGCCGGACGCGGCGCGGGCGCGGCGCGGCGACCCCGAGCAGCUGCGCAGGCUGGCGGCGCUGGUGCUGGGCUGCGCCGUCUGCUGCGAGCGCAGGGAAGAGCACAUCCGGCGCAUCAUGACGCUGGAGGAGCCCGUGCAGCGCGAGGUGAUGGCGGCCAUCCAGGAGCUCCUGGACCCGGAGCCGCCGGAGCCGAUGGCGGCCGAGACCUACGGGAGCUGGGACACCCAGUCCCGCCAGUAUUACUUCCUGAGCCAGGAGCCCCCCGAGGAGGGGUCGGGGCAGCGCUGCCGCGAGCUGGAGCAGCAGCUGGCCGCGCUGCAGGAGGACAAGGCGCUCCUGGCCGCCGAGAACCGCGCGCUGCGGCAGCGGCUGCAGGACGGCGGCGCCCCGAAGCUGCAGCGGCUGCAGGCGCAGGUGGAGGAGCUGCAGGAGGAGAACUGCAGGCUGGAGAGCGGCCGCGAGGAGCUGCGGGCGCGCUGCGCCAGGCUGGAGCGCGAGGCGCGGGAGCUCGCAGUGCUGGCCGGGGAGGCGCGGGCGCUGCGCGACGAGCUGGAGCUGCUCAGGCCGUCGGCGGCGCGGGCGGGCCGGCUGGAGGCGGCGGUGGCCGGGCUGCGGGGCCGGGCGGCGGCGGCGGGCGAGCUGCGGCGGCGGGCGCGGGCGCUGGAGGAGCGCCACGCCGCCCAGGCGCGCCGCGCCGCGCACCUGCAGGCGCAGCUGGGCCGCGCCCAGGCCGGCCGCGCGCAGCUGGAGGCGGCGCGCCGGCAGGUGGCGGAGCUGAGCGGGCAGCAGGCGGAGGCGGCGCUCAGGGAGCAGCGGUGGCAGCUGGAGCUGCGGCAGCUGCGGGAGAGAUGCGAGGCGCUGAGCCGGGAGAAGGAGCGGCUGCAGGAGCAGCGGGACACGCUGCGCGAGGCCAACGAGGAGCUGCGCUGUGCACAGGAGCUGCAGAGGCACCUGGGCCGGGCAGACGCGGCGCUGGAGGGGGGCGCGGCCCCUGCCCGGAAUUUGGCGGCCGAGAUCCUUCCCGCCGAGCUCAGGGACACGGUGACGCGGCUGCGGCGCGAGAACCGGCGGCUGCGGCUGCAGCGGGAGCAGCUCCGGCACAGGCUGGAGGCCGCAGGGGCAGCGGAGCCUCGGACGGCGCCGGGCAGACCCCAGGAGGAGCUGGCGCUGCUGGAGGAGACCCCCGAGGAGCUGGAUGAGCUGCUGGAGGGAGAGGAGGAGGAGGAGGAGGAGGAGGAAGAGGAGGAGGAGGAAGAGCUGAAGCUCUCCAAGGCUGGAUUUGGAGGUUCCACGAGGCCGCCCCCCCAGAACCCCCCCUCACCCCCUGGGGACCCCCCCGGGCCUGCCCCCCUGGCCCCCGUGCUGCGGCUGCUCCGCGGCCAGCUGCAGGAGAAGGACGCGCUGAUCCGGCACCUGGAGAGCGACCGGGAGCGCAGCUGGGCGCAGCGGGAGCGCGAGGAGCGGCUGCUGGUCACGGCCUGGUACAACAUGGGGCUGGCGCUGCAGCGGUGCGAGGCCGGCGCGGCCGCGGCGGCUCCUCACGGCGGCGGCGCCCUGUCCUUCCUGGCCCGGCAGCGCCUGGCCACCGCGGCGCGGCGGGCGCGCGCCCCGCACGGCCGGGCCCCCCCCAGCUGAGGGGGGUCCCCGCAGACCCCAGACCCCCUCGCUCUGGGCCGGUCCCAAGGUCUCACACCCCGCGCCUUUCGCGGGGUUUUUAGCACUUCUAUUUUUGUAGCUGAUUUUCGGGGGGUUUUCUGUGUGUUACCCCCAUAAAUUGUUCUAAUAAAGGAUCAGGGUUCAGCG